AUACCAACUUUUGGAAACUACAUAAAGACAAGUGUCUACAUAUAUCUUUAAUUCUUUAUACAUACACGCACAUAUAUUGUGAUACACAUAAUUAAUUAUGGUGAAGUUUGAUGCGAAACUAUGGAAAGCUGUGUUUGUGAUGUCUAUUAUCAACAUUGCGCUAAGCGUUGUAAAUGUUAUGUUCAAGAAGAUGCUUGAUCAAGGAAUUAACCGUAUGGUUGCGACCACUUACCGACUUGCUGCGGGAACUCUGUUCUUGAUUGAGAAGCGUUGGUGGCCUAGUGGUUACCAGCGAAUCUUCUCACACAUGUCUACCCGAGGUCGCCAGUUCGAUUCUCGGGGAUAGCAGGGUGGUACUAUGCCUCUCCAAAUAAAUCCUUCCUCAUACGAGUAGGGGCAAGCGGUGUAUACCAACCGUAGGUCCAAGCCGGAGGGGUUUCCCCAUACGAGUAGGGGCAAGCGGACUAUACAUUAAUCCGUAGGUCCAAGCCGGAGGGGAGGGAUUUCCUGGAUUUGGGGCCGCGCAAGCGGUGGGGCUAGUCACUAUAAAAAGUUAACCCUAAACAGUUUUUCAAAAUAUUCUUCAACGAUAAUUUUCUCUCUCUCCUCAAAUCCUCUCUAGCGAAACCCUAGCACCGCCUUCCUCUCCAGCUCCGACGGCGGUGGUUCCGUAGACCGUCGUCGGGAGCUUCUUGUUUUUCUUUUUCCUUUUGCUCCAUCGGUUUUCUUCCUCCUCUUUACGGUCCUUGUCGAAGCUCUGGUCUUUUCUACCGCUCAAGCCUCUUCUCUAUUCGCGGUGGAUCCGGGAGGCUUGGCCUGCGUGUUGGCAGAUCUGGUGUGACGGCGACGUUCUCGAGCUAGGGCCAACAGAUGGAGUCGGGUUCAUGGGUGGUCAGUCCCUUUGUCUCUUCGUUGGAGAUCCUUUUGCAGAUCUGUCGGUACCAAGGGGGUGGAGGGGAAAAGCGCUCGAACCGGCGCCGAACUUUUCUUCCGCCUGUUCAGAUCAUCGAGGUAUCUCCUGCAUUUUUUCUGGACCUAGGGUUCCGACUAGGAGAUUGAUGGCGCGUGGAGUCUUGAUGAGGUUUCAAUCCCGACGGUUCUUCAUUUUUUUGCCCCUCUUCGGUGAGGUCUCUGUUUGGUCGGGAUGGAAUCUCUGUUUCUUGGUUUCGUCCGGAUCCACUUGGCUCUGUGAGAUCCUGUGGCUGGUUCUCAGUCGUGGGUGCGUGUGGGGGAGCUUCUUCUCUUGGUGUUGUCGCCCAGGUUUGGAGGUUUCUGUGGCAGCGCGUGUCGAGUCAUGAGGCUGCAUCCGCGUCUCCUUUGGUGUCUCUGUCUCACAGAUUCUGGUUCUUGACUGUGACAAUGCGUUCGUCAAUCUCUUAUCCCAUAAUAAGCGUCAUCUUGUGGCGAUAGUUCUCUGUUUGCAGGCCGGUCCUCUGCGUAUGGAUAAGGAUUAGUUGGGUACUCGGGCUCUAGCUAGUUUGAAGGUUGCUUCUUCCGGAGGAGGUGUGCCCGACAUGUCCCAUUGCUCUGCGUGUGUGUGGUGGGUUAAAUGGGUGUAUACGGUCCCGGGGUUGGAGGGUUAGAGACAGCAACCUCUGACUAUCCGCUCCGAACGACGGCACCGCCUGUUUGUGGACUCCUCUUCGUGCUGUCGGAGUGGCAAUUUUGAACGGGUUAGCUGUUUCGUGGAUGCAUUUCUUGGUGAUGGUUUUGAUGAGUGAGACCUUCGGAAGCUGUAGGUUUUCCCGUUGCUUCAAGGUUUGAGCCGCCUUUCUCUCUGGGAGCUCGCGGCAACCGGGGUCUCGCUCCUCUCGUUCUUUCUCCUUGGGGCAUUGUUGCUUCGCUAAUUCCAGUUCGCACCUAGGACCUUAGUCUGUCGGCUUAGAAUCUAAUUGCUUGCUAGGUGCUCUGUUUAGAUUUAAAUUUCUGCAUUUCUGUUUCUUGUUUUCUCUGUUGUUCUGUAAAAAAUUGAAAACUUGGUAAUAUAAUUUUAACAUUUUACCAAAAAAAAAAAAAAACUCUGUUCUUGAUACCAUUUGCGAUUUUCUUGGAAAGACAUAACAGACCAAAACUCACGGGUAGGAUCUUGUGCUCACUUUUCUUUAGCGCUCUUCUGGGGGCAAGUUUGGUGCAAUACUUCUUUCUUGUUGGACUAAAAAAUACUUCUCCCACUUUCGCCUUAGCGUUUAGCAACAUGGUUCCUUCAGUCACUUUUGCUUUGGCUCUUGUUUUUAGACAAGAGACGUUGAACAUCAAGAGCAACAUAGGAAGAGCCAAAGUGUUGGGCACAGUGAUUUGCAUUUGUGGAGCUUUGGUGCUUACGCUCUAUAAAGGACCCGCAUUAACUCAACUAAACGCUCAAAUGCAAACACAAACGUCAAACAGUUCAACCACUGCAGUAACGGCAAAAUGGGCAAUGGGUUCGGUCAUGCUGAUCAUAUCAAUCUUAAUAUGGUCAUUAUGGUUCAUCGUUCAAGGAAAAAUAUGCCAAAGUUAUCCGUGCAAAUACACGAGCACCACGAUCCUCUCUUUUUUUGGUGUGAUCCAAUCCGCUUUGUUGAGUUUGAUCUCGGAGAGAAACAUAUCCAUGUGGGUCCUUCAAGGGAGAUUCCAAGUUUUAUCUCUACUUUAUUCGGGUAUCGUGGGAUCGGGAUUGUGCUACGUUGGAGUGUCGUGGUGUCUCCAGCAAAGAGGUCCAGUUUUCACGUCGAGUUUCAUCCCUUUGAUUCAAGUCUUUGCUGCCUUUUUCAGCUUCUCUUUUCUUCAUGAGCAAAUUUACUGCGGAAGGUGAAAACUUAUUAACUUUGUUGAAUAUCAAUGGAAACUUAUCAAGACUCUUAAUACGGAGACUGAGAAAUGUUUUAUAUGAUUUUCUCUCGCCUAUUGGUAGAUAUUAAAUCCUUUACAUUAUUCUGGUUACUAAUAAUUUCUGACAAAUGGAAUGGAUACGUGGCAUGACAAAAAGUGUGAUGGGAUCAACGGUCAUCGUCGUGGGACUAUAUAUACUCUUAUGGGGAAAAAGUAAGGAUAAGCCUGCACCAAUAACCAAACAAGAACCACUAAAUCUCGAUCUUGAAGGUUGUGGCACAGCUCCAAAGGAACUUAA